AUGGCCAACACGGUUCUUGUCGUCCUUGCGACCUUCACCACGAUCGCUGUCCUCAUUGGCGGCGCAUAUGCUAUGGGACUUCUCGACGAAUAUAUUGAGAAAAUGGGCGUUUUCGCAUUCAAAGUUAAGGCCAAGGCAGAAGCAAAGAAGAUGGGCCUUGAAGGUCUUCAAGAAGGCACCGACUUUGUCGCAAGUGACUUGAAAGGUAACCAACAGGCACAAAAUGUUAAAGAGGGUAAAGGACCUAUUGGCGGACUGAAGAAAGAUGGAGAGGGACUCGCAAAUGGAAUUCUGGGAGGAGCUGAUUCUAAGGGAGAGGGAUUGGUCGGUGGAUUGAAAUCCGGUGGAGAGGGAUUGACUGGAAAGCUUCUCUAA